AUGACCGAGUACACGUGGGAGGAGUUCUCGGAGUACUACGCCGGGAAGUACAAGAAAAAGGUCAUUGCCUCCUACUGGGAGGAGUGCGAAAUCAAGAAGGGCAAGAAGAAGGCGAAGGCGCCAGCGGCCCCAGCACCAAAGCCAAAAGCGAAGGCCAAGGCCAAGGUGAAGGCCGAGAAGAAGGCGGAGCCUCCGGCACCAAAGGCCAAAGCCAAGGCGAAGGUGAAGGCCAAGGCCAAGGCCAAGGCCAAGGAUGCUCCGGAGGCAAAGUCUGCUGGCAACUUCAAGGUGUGCGUCUGUGGCGGCUCCGGUGGAAUUGGACAGCCGCUUUCGAUGCUUAUGGCCCUCGACCCCAAUGUCAAGGAGCUGUGCGUCUUCGACGUCAGCGUUGCCAUGGUGCCACCUGCGGGCGUCGCAGCGGACCUGGGCCACUUGGAGAGGAAGAGCGAUGUGAAGGGCUAUGUCAUGGAGGUCGGCUCGAAACCGAUCGACAACCUCAAGGAGUGCCUCGAGGGCUGCCACCUGGUCCUCGUCCCGGCUGGCAUGCCCAGGAAGCCCGGGAUGACCCGCGACGACCUCUUCAAGGUGAACGCGGACAUUGCCAAAGGUAUCGUGGAAGCUUGCGCAAAGUAUUGUCCGGAUGCCAUGUUGGGAAUGGUGGUCAACCCGGUGAACUCGAUCGUGCCUGCCAUGGCUGAGCUGUACAAGAAGAAAGGCUUGGAUCCGCUGAAGAUCGUGGGCAUCACGACCCUGGACGUGGUGAGGGCCAACAA